AACUUCCGGUAAAACAGGCUUCCGAUUGUUUUUCAAUCAUCGUGUCAUUUUUCAUUUAACGCGUGCAACUAGCGCCUGAUCGUAGUAAAAAUGAUACACGGGAAAACAAAGAACUGAGGUCAAAGGCAUAUAAGGAAGUUCCAAGCUAUCUGACCACAGUGCCAUAUAACAUACAGAAGGACCAAUUCUUAACCUUUUGAUGUCUGUAAACUACCAGUAAAUCCAACAUGUCAGAUUUGGAGACCAAUGAUUUUCCUCCGGCGCCCCCGGUGAGACACACCAGUACUCUGCCAAGGGAUGGUAAUCUGGUAGCUCCAGUUGAUAAACCUCUUCCUAAAGAACCUGAUGCUGAUGAAAAGAAGAAAAAAGCAAAAGCUUCCAAAGGUGCCAAAAAGAAGGACAGUGAAAAACCCAUCAUUUCAGAACCUACUAACUUUGAACACACGGUCCAUGUUGGGUUUGACCCCAUGACUGGGGAGUUUACAGGAAUGCCUGAAUCAUGGGCCAAGCUACUCCAAAACUCCAACAUUUCCAUCUCAGAGCAGAAGAAGAACCCUCAAGCUGUGUUGGAUGUACUGAAUUACUACGACCACUCGUCUAAAGAGAAACAAGAAUCAAAGUAUAUGACAAAUAUAACAAAACCUAUGCAUUACAAUACAACUCCCACGACAACACUCGCGGAUAGGUUUGCCACACAGGCCGUAAUUACUCCACAAAAGGGAGGAGAUAGUUCUCUCUCUGUGACACCAGAAGAUGAUGAUGAGGCUCCACCACCCUUGGCUCCUCGGCCAGACAAAACAAAAUCUAUUUACACCAAGCCUGUUGAAAUAGAAGAGAAGACAGUUGGGAAACAUGAAAGACAGAAAAAGAGAAAGAUGACGGAUGAGGAGAUAUUGGAAAAACUACGCACCAUUGUCACCGUAGGAGAUCCAAUUAGAAAAUACACCAAAAUGGAGAAAAUUGGACAAGGAGCCUCUGGUACUGUGUACAUUGCUGUAGAGGUCGCCACUGGGCGUGAGGUCGCCAUCAAGAGGAUGAAUUUGUCGCAGCAGCCAAAGAAAGAGUUAAUUAUCAAUGAAAUUCUGGUGAUGAGAGAAAAUAAAAAUCCCAACAUUGUCAACUACUUAGACAGUUACUUAUUAGGGGAAGAAUUAUGGGUUGUGAUGGAGUAUUUGGCUGGUGGUUCCUUAACAGAUGUUGUCACGGAAACAUGUAUGGACGAGGGACAGAUCUCAGCAGUAUCCAGAGAGUGUCUUCAAGCCCUGGAGUUUCUCCAUGAAAACCAAGUCAUCCACAGGGACAUCAAGAGUGACAAUAUUCUACUGGGAAUGGACGGAAGUGUCAAGCUAAUUGACUUUGGUUUUUGCGCUCAGUUAUCUCCUGAACAAAGCCACAGGGUCACUUUAGUCGGAACGCCAUAUUGGAUGGCCCCAGAGAUGGUAACAAGGAAGCAAUAUGGACCCAAGGUAGAUGUGUGGUCUCUAGGCAUCAUGGCAAUUGAGAUGAUAGAAGGAGAACCACCUUAUCUGAAUGAAAACCCUCUCAGGGCCCUGUAUCUCAUUGCCACCAACGGGAAACCAGAGAUCAAGGAGAAGCAUAAACUGUCCCCUAUCUUCCAAGAUUUCUUGGAUCGCUGUUUGGAGGUGGAUGUGGAGAGGCGAGCGUCGGCCUCGGAAUUACUCAAGCACCCUUUCCUGCGACUGGCUAAGCCCCUGGCAAGCCUCAUUCCAUUAAUUCUUGCAGCAAAAGAGGCCUCCAAAGGACACUAACAGGAUGUGCCAUUUUGUACAUCACUUAUAAAAUCAACAAAAAUGAAAUAUUAGGGCAUAAGUAUUGAAUUUUACAAGAAUAACUUGUUUACUUUGCAAAAAGUGAAAAUAAUUCAGAAUGAUGUCAGGUAUUUAUUGCUUUGGAGAAGAUUAAACUGAUUAAGAUGAAAAAAAGCUUUUUUAAACGUGUGUAGUCUAUGAGAACCCAUGAUAACGAAUAGCCAUUAUAGUUAUAAGUGAAUCGCUGGUUAGUUAAUGUCAGCUGAAAUUGCAGUGUGUCAUAACACAGCUAAUUUGCACAUUGUGGACUUGGGCCAAACUUUCAAAUUUUUUUCUUAUAUUUGUAAAAGAGGCUUAGAUUACUGGUAAUGAUAUAGUGAUAUUUUUUCUUUCAACACAGAAAUUAAGUCACAUACUGUGUACUUUUGUACAGAAGAUAGCAUGAGCAGUUUCCUCAUGAAGUCUUUGUGAUGUGGACAAUAUACCACCCAUCGUACAUGUGUGUCCAGUAUGUGUUUUAUUUUCUGAUCUUUGGUGACUGAAACAACAUCUGGAUGAAUCAAAAAUAUCUGAAGUCAGCCUACUAGUUGUGUAUCAUUAUACACAUUUGAAAAUGGUUUGCCAUCAACUUAAACAGGAUAUGGACUUUUUAAUUACUCAGUAACUAAUUUGACUGUCUUAUUUCUUUAUGGCUACACUGGCUAUCUGAGAACUAUGUGACUACAAGGACUAUUAUUAUACAGACUAUCAUGGUUUUUUAUGACUAGAUGAUCUCUCAGGCUUUAUUAUAUUUUGGUUAUAGAAAUCGGCAUAUAGUGAUCAAACAAAAGAAUUUUUUUAGAAUUUUCAUUUGGAUCAUUGCAUUUUGACUGGUUAUAUGCUGUUACUUUUGAGUUGAAUUUAAAAGUGAUCAGUAUAUCCUUAAAUAUUAAAGAACUGGCUUUAAAAGGCAGAUUGCAAUAUUACUCUUCGAUGUAUGUUCGCUUCAGUAAUUCAUAAAUUUCUCUUGU